CUGUUUUUCCCAUAUAAUCUUAGCGGAAGUGUCCUGAGUUUCCAGGGCUACAGUGCGGGACUCGGUAGGUAGGAGGGCACUUUAUUACCCCACAGGUAGGUGGGCACUUUAUUACCCCACAGGUAGGAGGACACUGCGCUGAGGAGCAGUGACACGGUGUCAUGGCGGACUCGCAGCUCAUCUGCAUGGAUGAAGAACACGUUAACGUGAAAGUUCCCGAGUCCAAGCCGGAGUUUUAUUACAGUGAGGAGCAGCGCGCGGCCCUCGAACAUCUCCUGCGGAACGGAGACGGUGCGUUCAAGCUGCGGCUCCGCGAGGACAACAUCAAAGACUUUCUGUCCGCGCGCGAAGUGAAAUGGAUCCGGGACACGUUCCAGUCUUACGACGAUCCCGAUCCCGACAACGAGCUCCGCUCCGAGACACGAGCACCGCGUUCACCCCUGAGCUCGGACUCGGGAGUUCACUCCACCUACUGGCCCACAGUGUCGGACACCGAGGUACCGGAGCUCGAGCUGGGAUGGACCUCCGCCGGCUUUUACCGGGGAGUCACGCGCGUGUCGGUUUACACACAUCCACCCAAAGAGAGCAGCCCUCACAUCAAAGAGGUGGUGAGGAGGAUGAUCCAGGAGGCGCACAAGGUCAUAGCUGUGGUCAUGGACCUCCUUACAGACCUGCUCAUCCUGCAGGAUCUUCUGGAUGCAGCAAGUAAACGUGGUGUUGCUGUGUACCUGCUGCUGGAUGAGAAAGGUCUUCCUCACUUCCUGGACAUGUGCAACAGGCUGCAGAUCUCAGCUCAACACCUCAGAAACAUGUGUGUGAGGAUGGUAAGAGGAUGCGGUCUGGCUCUGUCCUUCGGAAGACUGCCGGGGUCACUGAGCUCCAAGUACAUGCUGGUGGACGGAGAGAAAGUGAUGUUCGGCUCCUACAGUUUCACAUGGACCUCGUCUCGGAUGAACCGGAACACCGUCACCGUCAUGUCCGGUCAUGUGGUCGACUUCUUCGAUAGCGAUUUCCGCGAGCUCUAUGCUGUGUCUGAGAAAGUGGACCUGUACCAAGAGUUCCACAUUCCCAAACCCCCUAGACACACCAUGCCCACCCCCGUCCUGAAAGCUCCACCCACCGCAACCCAGCCCACUCUACCUGCAUCCACCUCCCGCUUUCAGGUGUCUCUCGGAGAAUCCAAGCAGGUCAAUCUGAAAGUUCCUGCUCACAAAUACCACAAUCCCAAAUACGCCCUGGUGGUGGGAAACAGUUUAGGUCUCACUGGCUCACUGCAGGAUCUGAGCAGGCUCAGGGAACACACCGGAAACAACUCAGAAAGCAACAUGGAGAAGUUACUCCACACCAGUGGGGGCGCUAACAAGCAGUCAGACAGAGCGCCUCAGGAGGAGACGAGUGAAAGUAAAGGAGACGUAAAUAAAUCACCUUUGUUCGGUUCAAAGAAGCAGCGCAGCUCCUUCAGGCUGUUCCUCAAAGGCAGAUCGCCCAAUCAGAGUCCAGAUCUACAGACAGCCAAUCACCACAACACAGCAGACAUGAAAACAGCCAAUCACAGCCAAGCAAAGCCUGCCACUCAGAUCAAAGACUCCCCAAAACUGACCACUCAGAUCAAAGACUCCCCGAAACUGACCACUCAGAUCAAAGACUCCCCAAAACUGACCACUCAGAUCAAAGACUCCCCAAAACUGACCACUCAGAUCAAAGACUCCCCGAAACUGGCCAAUCACACGAAGGAGUCGCCGAAGACGGCUAAUCACGUGAAGGAGGUGCAGCCUGAGACCGUGCAGAUACCCAACGGCAAACACACACCACCUUCUUCAUCACAGGAUAAAGACGCGAGUGCAGUCAUAGACGAACUGGACGAUUCGUUUGUAGUCAUAGAAAAACCAAACCUGCUAAAAUUUAAAAGCAAAAAAUCCUCCAAAUUGCCUCAGAGAAGCGUUUCCAUGCAGGUGAUCAGCACAGGAGCAGAUGAAGGCUCCAAAGGACAAAAACGCAACCAGAAGAAGUCGUGUAUUCAGUCGUGAGAGCAGCGGGACACUUAGCGCUCGUACAGCGGGACACUUAGCGCUCGUACAGCGGGACACUUAGCGCUCGUACAGCGGGACACUUAGCGCUCGUACAGCGGGACACUUAGCGCUCGUACAGCGGGACACUUAGCGCUCGUACAGCGGGACACUUAGCGCUCGUACAGCGGGACACUUAGCGCUCGUACAGCGGGACACUUAGCGCUCGUACAGCGGGACACUUAGCGCUCGUACAGCGGGACACUUAGCACUCGUACAGCGGGACACUUAGCGCUGACGUUUGUUUCUGAUGUUUCUGUGUAAGAGACGACGCUUCACCGCUGACACGUGACACAUGACAAAGUGAACCGUAGAAGCCCUUGAUGGUGUGUGAACACGUCGUCUCAUGGUGUGUGUUUUAUGAUGAGCUGUGCAGCUCUGAGACGUGACGUGUGUGUAGACGCACUGGACAGACUGCAGGAACGUAAUGACUAAAGAGCUUCAAUAAAACUCAUGCACUUG